GAAAAAUUUCUGGCUAACCUUGCAAAAGAAACCAAGUAGGAAUAGUAUAAAGAAAGCAGGCAAAUAUCAUUUAUAAUGUCUGCAAAGCUAGCAAGAACAUGGGAAAGGCCAUGGUUUCUCCAACCGAGGUUUAUCAUGUGGUGGAAGCCUUAGUUCCAUUGUAUACUGCCAUGAUCUUAGCUUAUGCCUCUGUAAAAUGGUGGAAGAUCUUCACGAUUGAUCAAUGCUCCGGCAUCAACAAAUUCGUCGCGAGAUUUUCAGUCCCUUUUCUUUCUUUUCAAGUAAUUGCAACAAACAACAUUUACAAAAUGAAUGUGAAGCUCAUCUUUGCAGAUUUGUUGCAAAAAAUUUUGGCCUUCAUCCUUUUGACCCUGAUCACCAAAUUAAGUUAUAGAGGAGGAUUGAGACUCAAUUGGGUCUUAACAGGUGUUUCCUUAUCCACGCUUCCAAAUACUUUAGUCCUUGGAAUCCCAUUGUUGAGAGCCAUGUAUGGAGUUGAAGCAGCAGCUUGGCUGUCUCAGAUUGUGGUGCUUCAGAGCUUAAUUUGGUACAAUCUUUUAUUGCUUUUGUUUGAACUCAAUGCCACAAGAGAAGUUCAUCAUGUGACACUACCAUCAGCCAUCAAUAGAGAGAUGGUGACCAUAGAAGAAGCAGCAGAGAAAGAAGAAGAAUCCCAAGAUGAAGUUAGAAGCAGGACUGAAAUGGUUGUAAAAGUUCCAUUGAAGAUUGGAAGGAAGCUCGUCAGAAAUCCAAAUACUCAUGCAACUCUAGCUGGUCUUAUCUGGUCAAGCAUACACUUCAGGUAUGGAGUACAGCUUCCAGAAAUUGUGGAUAGAUCGAUAUCAAUACUGUCAGACGGAGGACUUGGGAUGGCAGUGUUCAGCUUAGGUCUUUUCAUGGCUUCACAGGCUAAAUUACUAGCAUGUGGAACAAGAAACACAUUAUUAGCCCUUGCAAUGAAGUUCGUCGCCGGUCCGGCUAUCAUGGCAGGGUGUUCUGCUGCUGUUGGAAUGCAUGGAACAUUGUUGAAAGUAGCCAUUGUCCAGGCAGCACUUCCUCAGGGGAUUGUUCCAUUUGUGUUUGCAAAGGAGUACAACAUCCAUCCUGAGAUCCUCAGCACAGGGAUAUUCUUGGGGCUACUGAUGGCCAUGCCGGUAGCAUUGGCCUAUUACUACGUACUGUCCCUAUGAAUCAAGGAGCUGACGGUGUUUGUGAAUAUUUCUUCCGUCCUAUAAUGAUAGUAAUAAUAUAAUUAAUAAACAAAGCAAUUUGGAACCAGGGAAGUAAGAAAUUUUGACUUUUUGAUGAAAAGCAAAUCGGCCAGUAAUUAUAAUCAAAAGUCUUUAGAGUGUAAAGGUGCUCAAAAAGGUUAUUCUGUUGGCCAUACUUUCAUUUGGAAUCGAGCAAUUUGACAGGAAUUAAGAUCUAAUAGGCUAAUAUAUGUACAUUUAGAUCAACAGCGAAUGUACCUAUUUUGGAGAAGGGAAAUGUGUUCUGUUUUUUCACAACUGCGAAUCAUGGCUGUAAGUCUAAUAUGUAUGUAGAUGCAGAGACCAUAAGGUUGAAUAAAAAAUAAAUUUAAUAGAGAUUGUAAUUUACUCCAACUUUUCGAAAAGUUUUAUUAUAGCUCGUUGUGCA